CCCCCCCCCCCCCCCCCGGAAUCGUUCCCAUCACGCACACGCAUCUCUGCCCGGCUGCCCAUCAUGUUUUUUCUCUACAACAUGGAGCGGAGGGUCACCCUGCACCCGUCCUACUUCGGCCGUAACAUGCACGACCUUGUAACCAGCAAGCUGCUGAAAGAUGUCGAAGGUACCUGCGCCGGCAGCUACUACAUCAUCUCUAUCAUGGAUACCUUCGACAUUUCCGAAGGCCGGAUCUUACCGAGCAAUGGUCUCGCAGAGUUUACUGUUGGAUACCGCGCGGUCGUAUGGCGGCCAUUCAAAGGAGAGACGGUUGAUGCCGUUGUCUACUCCAUCAAUCCACAGGGUUUCUUCGCCCAAGCUGGUCCCCUCAGACUGUUUGUGUCUGCUCAUCUGAUACCCAGCGACAUCAAAUGGGACCCCAACGCGACACCCCCACAGUUUACUAACAAUGAAGACACCGUCAUUGAGCCGGGUACGCAUGUGCGUGUCAAGAUUAUCGGUACUCGAACAGAAGUCGGCGAAAUGUGGGCCAUCGGAAGCAUCAAAGAGGAUUACCUUGGAUGUCUUCAAGAUUAAUGAAUUAUAGACAUUCAUUUAUCUCGAUAAACUCCCUAAGCUUGAGAGCAGCGGAUGUUUUUGCGCUCCUAUGAUUUCCUAGCAAAUUCACCAAGGAUCAGCUCACGGCUGGGUCAACUUUUCAUAGGAGAUUAGGCAACUCGUGCGCGUGGAAUACCGGCACAACAUCCUUUUCUCGAGAUACAAACUCAAAGAGUAUCAGACGCGCGUCUUCAAAGAUGCCCUUUUCUUUUCGAUAGAACCACGGACACGAAGCCCUCCUUCUCGCAGACGUAGAUUCCAAGACUGGACUGAACGAUAAUCAAAGGAUGUAUUUUUCUGGGGGCGUAAUAAAAUGGCAAAAAAAACUAAAAUUGGAAGCAAACUCGGUUUUAUUUGUAAAUACCAAUGCAAUUUGAUAGAUCAAUGUACAGC